AUGGGUGUCGAAAGUGUUUUAAAGAGAAAGACCGGUGUUAUUGUCGGUGAUGACGUCAAGGCAUUAUACGAUUACGCUCACAAGAACAAAUUCGCUAUUCCAGCUAUCAAUGUCACUUCUUCUUCUACCGUUGUUGCUGCUUUAGAAGCCGCAAGAGACAACAAGUCUCCAAUUAUCCUACAAACCUCCAACGGUGGUGCUGCUUACUUUGCCGGUAAGGGUGUUUCCAACGAAGGUCAAAACGCUUCUAUUAGGGGUUCUGUCGCUGCUGCUCAUUACAUCAGAUCCAUUGCUCCAGCAUAUGGUAUCCCAGUUGUCUUACAUUCCGAUCAUUGUGCUAAGAAGUUAUUACCAUGGUUCGAUGGUAUGUUAGAAGCUGAUGAAGCUUAUUUCAAAGCCAAUGGUGAACCUUUAUUCUCCUCUCAUAUGUUGGAUUUAUCUGAAGAAAAUGAUGAUGAAAACAUUGCCACUUGUGUCAAAUAUUUCAAGAGAAUGACCAAGAUGAACCAAUGGUUAGAAAUGGAAAUCGGUAUUACCGGUGGUGAAGAAGAUGGUGUUAACAACGAACACGUCGAAAAGCACAAGAUGUUCACUUCUUCUGAAACUGUCUACUCCGUCUACGAAGCUUUAGCUCCAAUCUCUCCAAACUUUUCUAUUGCUGCUGCCUUCGGUAACGUCCAUGGUGUUUACAAGCCAGGUAACGUUGUCUUAUCCCCACAAAUCUUGGCUGAACAUCAAGUUUACGCUUCCAAGAAAUUAAACAAACCAGAAGGCUCUAAACCAAUCUACUUGGUCUUCCACGGUGGAUCUGGUUCCACUAAGCAAGAAUUCCAAACUGCUAUCAAGAAUGGUGUUGUUAAAGUCAAUUUGGAUACUGAUUGUCAAUACGCCUACUUAACUGGUAUUAGAGAUUACGUCUUAAAGAAGAAGGAUUACAUCAUGUCUCAAGUCGGUAACCCAGAUGGUGCUGACAAGCCAAACAAGAAAUACUUUGACCCAAGAGUCUGGGUUAGAGAAGGUGAAAAGACCAUGUCGGCUAGAAUCACUGAAGGUUUGGAAAUUUACAACACUUGCAACCAAUUAUAA